UGGAGAAAGCUGUCAAAAAAGUGUAAUGUCACCAGAUUUUUGUCGAAAGCAAAAGCAAAUGCAAGUUUUUCCGACGACUCGCCAAAACCAAUAGGAGCAGCAGCACGUACAGCAGCAGCAGCAGCAGCGGUAGAGCAGCAGCCGUGCCGUUAAUUUUAUUGAUCCACCCCGAGUGACGCCCGUGCCGCAGCCGCUUCGGGAAAAUCGGGUACCAGUCUCCCCUCCCUUGACCGACCGAAACCCGCCGGAGAGGCCGCCGGAGCGCCAACGCAGCAGCAGCAGUAGUGACCAGUGAGUGCAAAGACCUGAGAGCGCCCGGAAAAAACGGCCAGCAUUGGGGUGGGCAUUUCACCCCGGUCGGAGUGCAUCCUCAGGAUUAGUUGGUCUUGUGUUCUGAGGGAAAAGAAAACGGGGUCACUUUGCAUCCCGCGGCAAUAGGCUUCAACUCCUUCCACAUUGUGUUCCCUUUUUGGUGGACAGUGUGAACCAGCGGAUGGUACUUUUCGUGCCAUCGGAAUAACCGUCGAUCGUGUGUGUGUGUAGGUGUGAGUGUUUGUGUGUGUGCUCCAGUUCCAGUGGAAAGUGUCCGCAUUGUGUGUUUGUGUGCUUGAUCGCGUUGAGUUUUCCCCAGCUGCCCCUGUGGAAAACGCACAACAAGCAACCGUUUGGUGGCCUAAAGAAAGAAGAGCAGUGUGUGUGUGUGUCUGUGCCAGUGUCUACUGAGAUUGGUGUUGUGUGUCUAGUGUGUGAGUGUGUGUUUGUGCGCUCCAAGUGUGUGAAACGGGAGCAGAAGCAAUAGAAAGGAAAACACAGCGGAGGGCAAAGAAAGAGCAGUGAAGGAAAACCCUCCACAACAUAACAGUCGUCGCCGCCAACACCACCCGUCACCCCACACGCUCCACACGAUGUCGUCAUCAGGCGAUUUUGGAAAUCCGCUGCGGAAGUUCAAGCUGGUGUUUCUCGGCGAACAGAGCGUGGGCAAAACAUCGCUAAUCACCAGGUUUAUGUACGACAGCUUCGACAACACAUACCAGGCCACGAUCGGUAUAGACUUCCUCUCGAAAACGAUGUAUCUAGAGGAUCGAACAGUGAGAUUACAGCUGUGGGACACGGCCGGCCAGGAACGGUUCCGGUCGCUGAUACCAUCCUACAUUCGUGAUUCAACCGUAGCAGUAGUGGUGUACGACAUUACAAACGCGAAUUCAUUUCAUCAAACGUCGAAAUGGAUCGAUGACGUGCGAACGGAGCGCGGCAGCGACGUGAUCAUCAUGCUGGUGGGCAACAAAACCGACCUUUCCGACAAGCGCCAGGUGUCGACGGAGGAGGGCGAGCGAAAAGCGAAAGAACUGAACGUAAUGUUUAUCGAGACUAGUGCGAAAGCCGGCUAUAACGUUAAGCAGCUUUUCCGAAGAGUGGCCGCCGCCCUGCCUGGCAUGGAUUCGACCGAGAAUAAACCACCAGAAGACACUGUCGAUCUGCAAACUCAACCAUCGAACUCUGGCGAUCAGCAAGACUCGGAGGGUGGCUGCAUGUGUUAAGAGCACAUGCUCCCUGCACGCAUCUGGAUGCAAACGAGAGGAAACAAACUGAUACUCCUAAUUGUGUAGUAGUGCGCGCGGGUGCCGCAGCAACGAGAGCGAAAGAGAGAACGAGUGCACGCGCCGCAACAUCCCGUAGCUAAACUCUGUUAGUCUUCAUUUCAAGCAAAACAUACGCAACGAACGUUUUUGGUCCUACUCGCGCAUCCAAUCCAAUGGGUGGACAACGUUUUGGAGGGCUGUAUAUGUUAGUGGCGAGUUAGUGUAUCGUUUUGGUUACUCUUUACCCUCCUUUCUGCUCUACUCUAGAUGCGAAAAAAUGAAAUGGCGCUUUUAUGCUUAGGACCUCACCUGGGAGGACCUCCUCUCCCGUAUUUGCCUGCCUGAGUGUGCAUGAGUGUGUACGGCUUUAUAGGAGCGUGUAGUGGUGUGACGAGUGAGAAUAGACGGACAGAAGAACGCUGGCUUCAUCACACAACACUAGGAGGGGAAACAAAAGCUUAAAACAAUAUUAGAAACACACCGAGAAGCAACAAGGAGAGAAAAAAAGCACAAGAACCGGCGAAACGCAUAGCGAACGAUUCAAUUAGCUGCAGUGUAGUGGUACGACUACAUGCAAAAAAAAAAACAUUUAUUGCAUGCCAACACGUGAGUUAGCAGAAUAGCGAAGAGGCAAGGUUUUUUGGAGUCAGAAAAGGAUUGAGCUAAGAAGAACCAAGAAGGAUUGGUUGCAGUAGUUUAAAACAGAUUUCAUAGUACUGCAUUAAUAUGAAUGAGCAGCAGGAGAGGAUGAUUAAAAUGAUUUAUAAAAGAGAAUGUAUUUUGUACAUUUUUUUGGUUUCAUUUAAAUUAAUUUAAAAUCCAUUCAGUGGAAGGAUCAGUUCAUUAACUGUUUGGAAUUUAAUUAUUGAAUUUAUGUUUAUUUUAUUAUAUUUUUUUUCAAUACAAUCGUGUUGCUUAAUGUGUUAGAAACAUUCAACACCCUUUCGGUGGUUCGGUAAAUGGAACUGGUAAACACAUUACUUAAUGCGCCAACGCUAACAACUCCUCCACUGCCUAACAUCAUUCAAACACAAGCAACCAACUCAUUCAUUAAUCACUAAAAACAAGAAAAAAAAGUUGUAGAAGUAAGCAAACAUGAUGAAACGAUAGAGAGAAAGAGAGAGAGAGAGAGAGAGAGAGAGAGAGAGAGAAAAGAAUUAAUCCAUACACCUAACCAAAAGCGUUGUCACAAAGUGCGCCAGAAAACUUGCGUAUGGUUUUACCGCGCUGCAUGUUAUAUCUGCUGCUUCAACGUGUGUGCUGCUUGUGAAAGGGAUAAAACGGCAGUUUGUUUGGAGAAAGAUUUAGAAAAAAAAACGAUGACGUGAUUAAUAGAUAACGGUAUAUGAAAGAAAACUGCAAAUAAAAAAGGCAACAAAAAAUAUGCACUAAACCAACCAACACCAUCACAAGUCCCCCUUUUCCCAAGUAAAACACACACAAAGAAACACAAGAUCAUUAAACACUCUCAAAACCUACCCUUCGCACAUCUAAGCUGUAGAACAAACAAAACACAAUAAAAAACAAAACAAAACAAAAAGAAACAGGAACACAACUAUACGAGCCGGAAUGAUGCAAAAACAAAAGAAAAAAAAAUGCAAAAUAAGAAAGUUUCUCUCUUUCAUCUUCAACUCUUAAAUCUAAACCAAUUAUUACUAAAAAAACAAAACGAAAGUGAAAAAAUACAAGGAAACAAACAGAAACGGUGGGCUAAUGGGAAAAGUUGGAGUCUGUAAGUUUUAGACACAGGAAAAGAAACGGGGAAAAAAUUAAUAAUAAUCAAAGCAUGUUUCUUUUUCUUUUAGAAGAGUCAAACAUCGGUCGAAAUAAAUUGCAGCUAAAACAAAACAAAAACGCGAAUGUAAAGGAUAAGAGAAGAUGAAAGGAAAAUUGUAUGAAAAGAAAACCGAAACCGAAUAACUCUCCCUCUAAUGGGGCGCCCUAAUACAGAUGAUAGGAAGUGUCGUGUUUUGUAUCGUCGUUACGUUCCGGUUCGGUUUCUCCUUCGCGCUACAAGUAAUAAAUUUGUAAAUUUGGCUCAGUUUGUAGCAUCUUUUUUGGGGGUACGUGUAGGAACAGUAAGAACAGAAAACCAGAUAACCAAACUAAUGGAUAUACACUUUCUACUACCAAAUACCAAUGACUUUACCAUGCAAAACCAAGCUACUAUUUUAACAAGGAAACACACACUUAAUGGAUGAUUCAUUCUAAAGCGAAUAUGUGAAAGAGAGAGAGAGAGAGACACGAAAGCACCGCAAUAGAGGGCACAGCAAAACGAACAGACAAGAUACACAAAAACACUCAAUAGUAAUAUUAGGACCUUCUCCCUUCCUUUUCCCAUCUUCCCGCGGUCCGUGGUGUUAUCCGCUUUCUCAUCCCGCAAGCAGAUAAUGGGGUUGGAUAAAUAAACACAACAGCACACAGCAACUCCUCGCAACUCAAAUCAUACAUGCAAAUUUACUACAAAAAAUGGAAAUAGUACGACGAGCGCACACACACACUCAUACAACCAAUACAUAAUUAUCACGCAUUUUGUCAUAAACAAACACUUAAAGAACAAGAAAAACAAUCGAAGAAAAGCAUGAUAGCGGUAGAAUGUGGAGCGCAACUUUAGCAGGAGGAGGUGCGUGUGGGGGAGGCUGGUGCCUAUUGAUGGAUGGAAUGAUAGGACGAGAAGGAUGGUACUUGAAACAAUCAAAUGAAGCAACACCCUCAAAGAGAAAGAGAAAGAAAAAGAGAGAGAAGAGACAGGCAAGAGACGAGACAUACAGACGGUUAAAACUUCACAAAACCUCCGUGGGAAUAAUAAAACAGCAACUACAAACCAAGACACACAGUACAGAACACAUUCCAUGGGAUAACAACAUCCAUAUUAGUCGCUUUUCAUAGUUAAAAAUAAAGAAAUCAGAAAAUAUGA